AUGAUAUCCUGGAGCACUAUCCGAUCGGCCCUCAUCUUCUUUGGGCCUAUGCUCCUCCCUCGAAUCAUAGCCUUCUACCGCAGUCUUCGAGCGCCGAACAAUGCACAACGAAUUCCCGUGUCGCCAGAGGCAUCCCGUGCCCUCAACCUCAUUUUCGCCAGUGCCGUCGUCUCGUUAAUCCUCACUCUCCCAUACUAUACUCCUGCCAACAUCUUCACUAAGACUGGCUCACGAUUGCAAACACCUACUCCUGUCCUGUUCAACAGACUAUCCACUACAACUCCUCAGGACGACACAUUGCGCCAAAUAUUUACCGCAGGAGGACUGGAAGCAAGAUUACAAUACCUCAGAUUCGGUCCUGAUGUCUUGUGCAACUGCCCUCUGGUCGAUGACCCCAAGGCUCAAGAUGUGGGCACCAGCUACCUGAUCUGCGCCCUGCCCUCGCUGCUAAAAACACACCUGAUGCAUCUGCUCUUUCUGGGUCUCGCUACCUCUAGCCUCAUCGGCGGCACGACUGCCGCUCGCUGGAGAACUGCUGCCGUCAUCUCAGGCAUUGUAGUCAUGAUUGCAGAUGUUGCUUCUGUCGCUACAUACGAGCAUCAACGCAAUGCUCGCGCUACAACCUACUCUGCAGUCGAGAACUUCUUCUGGACGAGAUACCUGGCCUCGCACCUGGCAGUCUGCCUUACAGACGCCAUUAUAGGUCUCUUGAUCUGGGCCUCCGCUACCAACCGCGCUUUCGUGCUUCCACCUUCACCAGCUCUCGUCAUCGAAUCCCAAACCAGAGUCCUCGAGAAGUCACUCGCAAAGUUCAGAUCUUUGGGUGCAGUGAGAAAUGUCGUCAUGAGAGAAGCUGGCUUCAGAGCCAAGGUCGGCGAGUACUGGAGAAAAGAGGGAGAAGUUAUGCAUGAGGUGCUUGAGGAGAGAGACGUUGUCCAAGCUGUCAACGAGGCGUUGGCCAAGAUGGAUGUGGACGGUGUCACAAGGGGAGCAGAUGAGUUUGUAGAACAGGUCUUGGGCCCAGCGGUCUGA